AUGAAAGGAAGUUGGUCGAUCGUCCGUCAGGUUUUUCACCGCCGCUUCUCCACACUCCGGUCCUCGACACCAUCGUCGCGAUCCUCCGCGUUGUCCAGUCCCGUCCGAUCUCUUAGUUUAGCCCCAAACUCGAUGUCGACGCUGAUCACCAGAAACGCGAUUUUUAAUGCCUCUAGUAUCAGCGCUUCCGGCGAGUCUAACUUCUCCAGCACCUCUCUUCUUCGCCGGAGAAGGCUCUGUUCGGAAGCAGGAGGUCAAAACGGUGUUGUUAUAGUGACAUCAGAGGAAGAGUUCGUCAAUGCAUUGAGCAAAGCUCAAGAUGGAUCUUUACCCUCGAUCUUCUAUUUCACUGCCGCCUGGUGUGGACCAUGCAGGUUUAUCUCUCCUGUGAUCGUGGAGCUUAGUGAACAAUAUCCUGAUGUAACAACAUAUAAGGUCGACAUUGAUGAGGGCGGGCUUUCAAACACUAUCAGCAAGUUGAAUAUCACGGCUGUGCCAACACUGCAGUUCUUCAAAGAAGGCUCGAAGAAAGAAGAGAUUGUGGGUGCAGAUGUUGCAAAGCUGAAGAAUCUCAUGGAGCAGCUCUACAAGUGA